UUUCUAAGUGAAUAUUGUUGGUAACCCUGACGAGAUGGUACGAGUGGAUAUAAAUGGCGGUACGCAUGUGAAUGUUGGACGAAGUCUUACGUUCGUAAAUAAUGGCAGAUAUAACGGUCGUUGUUGCUGUCGUUGUUUUGGUUUUGGGGUUGAGCCUUAACUUUUCCCUUCAUAAACUAGAAGAAGGUCAUGUUGGAGUAUAUUACAGGGGAGGGGCACUGUUAAACAGUACAAGUCAACCAGGAUACCAUAUGAUGAUUCCUUUCAUCACAUCGUAUAGAUCAGUACAAGUCACACUUCAGACAGAUGAAGUAAAAAAUGUGCCCUGUGGAACAAGUGGAGGAGUCAUGAUUUACUUUGACCGCAUUGAAGUUGUGAACAUUCUUAGUGCAAAUAGUGUGUAUGAUAUUGUGAAGAACUAUACCGCAGAUUAUGACAAAACUUUAAUCUUCAACAAAGUUCAUCAUGAGCUGAACCAGUUUUGCAGUGUCCACAGUUUGCAAGAGGUUUAUAUAGAUUUAUUUGAUCAAAUUGAUGAAAACCUCAAAACUGCCCUGCAACGGGAAUUAAAUGAAAUGGCACAUGGGCUGUAUAUUCAGGCUGUUCGAGUCACCAAACCAAAAAUUCCUGAAACCAUAAGGAAGAACUAUGAAUUGAUGGAAGGUGAGAAAACAAAGUUGUUAAUUUCUAUCCAACACCAAAAGGUGGUUGAAAAAGAUGCUGAGACAGAACGUAAGAAAGCAGUUAUAGAGGCAGAGAAGGAAGCUGUGGUAGCAAAGAUUCAGUUUGAACAGAAGAUUAUGGAGAAAGAAUCUUUGCAAAGGAUGUCACAGAUUGAAGAUGAAAUUCAUUUGGCAAAACAAAAGAGUCAUUCAGAUGCUGAUUUCUACCAGACUCAAAAGCAAGCAGAAGCAAACAGUUUGCUUCUUACUAAAGAAUAUUUAGAAAUGAAGAAGUAUGAAGCUAUAGCUAAGAACAAUAAAAUCUACUAUGGAACUGAGAUCCCGACUAUGUUCAUAAGUGGUGGCUGUAAUGGUGGCUCAGACAGAGUCUCUGACAGUAUUGUGGAAUCUUUUGCUCAAGCCAAAAAGUUAGAAAAACAAUAAGUUAUUCACAGAAAUCUGUGAGGUGAAGGCACUUUGAAUUAUUACUUAUAUGAGGUUUAUAAUUAAAUGAUUCCAUUGCAAACCAUGUGUUACUAUGAAAAUGUUUCCGUAUGUGUUGAUAUGUAUAAUUUUUGUACUGAAAUAUUCCCAUUGCAAAAGGGAAUGAGUGUCUUUAUUUGAAAGUUCCACGAUUCUUAGCCUUUACAUGGAAGAAGUCUUAAAUAUUCUAAUGAAAACCUCAGGGAAGUUUCUUGUAUGUGCUGUUAUGGCACGAAAAGUCCCUUUUUUUUUUGCACACCCCAGGCUCUGCAUACACUGGCCAAUGAUGAUGGCAGGAUGUUCUGCCCCAAGCUGUAUCCACUACCAUACUCACAGUUUUUAAGUAUUAUAUUCCCCCAGUCAUAAGACAAUAUUGUUAAAAUCAGUUAUGCUAGAACAAGCCUUGGGAGUUUGCAGAGACUGCAAUUCAUCUGUAAUUCAAUGUCAUAAGCACUAUUGCAAAUAUUAUCUUUUAGUUCACUGGUGAAUAGUGAGAGGGGUAUGAUUAAAGGUAUGGUUUGUUAUAUUGAUUGCUCAUACCAUAAAGAAGUGCCAACAUUGUCAUGUUACUAAUGUUCUGUUGAUUUAUACGAUUCUGUAAUCCCAUUGAAUAGUACUGAGGUGUAGUGUGUUGCAUAAGUUUCAAUAUGCAUAUCAGUAAAUCUACAAAGGGAGAAGGCAGUAAAUCUGUUAAGAUGGACAACUAAUAGCAAUUAACAGUUCUAUAAAAAUGACUGAAAUGUUAGAAUUUAUGUUGGGUCUAGCCAAACAGAAGCGGUCUGUGUGCUAUUUCUGACAUGAGGUUGACUUGUAGACAAGAUAAUACAUAUAUUUAUUCCUUUGUAAGUUGCACUUCAUAAUUUUUAUUGCUGUGGAUAUGCAAUAUAACCAUUUGCCUGAGAAGCAGAGAAAACGAACACCAAACAUAGUCAUUGCAAAAUGUAAAUUUAUAUUUUUGUGUAACUGAUACAGUACAGUACAACCACAACAGUGGUUGUGAAGAGUAUAUCUUCAGGGUUGUAACACUGUGUAGUUAGUAAAUAUCCACAGACACUUUGGAGGAAUGUCAGUAAACUUUACUUUAGUACACAGCAUCACAAUCCAGAAGAUAAUGCUUUUGAUAUUAUGUAACUUGAUUCAUAUAUACAGAUCAGAUCAAUUGAAAUAUGUGUACUAGUCAUCACACCUUCAGUUAGAUUUACAGUCGACUGGAAUUUGAAAGGGUAAUUUGAUUACAUUAUGGUCCUUUCCAGUAAAUAAGUAAUACUUAUAGGUAACAUUGUGUAGCUGAGUUCUGAGAACAUUUUCCCUGAAGAAGUAAAGCAUUACAGGCUGCUUCAAACAAGGCUACACAUUGAAUAGCACAUAUCUUAGCAAAAGUCAGCUCUUAUUUAGGUAUUUAGUUUAGUUUUGUUGUCAUGAUUAUGAUGUGCAGUACUCUUUCUGUGUUUCCUGCAUAUUUUCAUCUAUGCUACUUUGAAAUUACAACUUGCGUUGAAGAAGCAGCCUGUGUAGUCUUUAUGUGGUUGCAGAUAUUGCCUGAAAAGGCCUGUUCUUUGAAAAUGUUUGAGUGAUGGCAUAUGCUUAUCUGUUAAAACUGGAUUUUUAUGCUGAAUUACACAAAGUGAGACAACUGAAGUGAUUGAUAAGUAAACACUAUUUGGGAUAUGCAGGUAUGUAUUUAUGUGAUAAUUAUUAUUGGCACAAAUAUAGGUAUAUUUUGUCACUACACAUUUUUGCUUUUAUAUUACAACUUUUAUGGACAUGUAAUAGCUAAGGUUGUCUUGGUUAUGACACUGUGUGAUCUAGGUGGUUACCUAUAUUUGAAAGAACCUGUUGCCUCAUAUUCACCUUAAAAUUGAAUGCAUCGGGUUCCUUUGAAACACUGGUAACCAUGUACAAGACCACAUGCUAUCAUAAUCCAGAAGAUCACAAUUUUUGUUUUAAAUUAGUAACUCCUUUUGGCAGUUGUUGAAUAAGUGACUUUCUAGAUUCUCAUAUGCUUAUUCAUUAUGAUGCUUUCAUCAUGAAGUUUAAAAAUGAAUAGAGCUGAUGAAAGGAUAUUCAUUGGACUCUACAAUAUGCUCCUCUAAGAGUAUAACGACUAAGACCUAUUAAAUGUUCACAAAAAUAUGAGAGAGCUUGAUUCCUUUUUCCAGAUAAAAACAUUUUGAUUUCAAUACUGCAGUUGUUCCACUUUGUGAAGUUCUAUUUGCCAUAAUUUGUGUUGUGUUAAGAGAUGUGGAUGUUCGUACUGUUCUUGCUGACACCUUUGUUAUGAGUCAGUAGUUUCGCAGUUCAAUGUGUUCAUGAAUAAAGAUGUAAGUUUUGUAUUUUCAA